AUGUCAUGGUUUAGUGGCCUCCUGGUCCCCAAAGUGGAUGAACGGAAAACAGCCUGGGGCGAGCGCAAUGGGCAGAAGCGUCCACGCCGCGGGACUCGCUCCAGUGGCUUCUGCACACCCCGUUAUAUGAGCUGCUUUCAGGGUGCACAGCCACCCAGCCCGACCCCCGCAGCCGCGCCUCGGUGCCCCUGGCAGGAUGAGGCCUUCAUCCGGAGGGGUGGCCCAGGCAAGGGCCUGGAGCUGGGGCUGCGGGCUGUGGCCCUGGGCUUCGAGGACCCUGAGGCGACCGUGGCAGUCGGGGCCGCUGAGGGGGCCCCCGAUGCAGCCGCCAGGAGCAGGCGAGCUUGCUGGCGCCGGCUGGUGCAGGUGUUCCAGUCAAAGCAGUUCCGCUCGGCCAAGCUGGAGCGCUUGUACCAGAGGUACUUUUUCCAGAUGAACCAGAGCAGCCUGACGCUGCUGAUGGCCGUGCUGGUGCUGCUCAUGGCCGUGCUGCUGGCCUUCCACGCGGCGCCUGCCCACCCUCAGCCUGCCUACGUGGCCCUGCUGGCCUGCGCCGCCGUCCUCUUCGUGGCGCUCAUGGUGGUGUGCAAUCGACACAGCUUCCGCCAGGACUCCAUGUGGCUGGUGAGCUACGUGGUGCUGGGCAUCCUGGCAGCCGUGCAGGUCGGCGGCGCCCUGACAGCCAGCCCCCGCAGCCCUUCUGUAGGCCUCUGGUGCCCCGUGUUCUUCGUCUACAUCACCUACACGCUUCUCCCCAUCCGCAUGCGGGCUGCUGUCUUCAGUGGCCUGGGCCUCUCCACCCUGCACUUGAUCUUGGCCUGGCAACUCAACCGUGGUGAUGCCUUCCUCUGGAAGCAGCUCGGUGCCAACAUGCUGCUGUUCCUCUGCACCAAUGUCAUUGGCAUCUGCACACACUACCCAGCUGAGGUGUCUCAGCGCCAGGCCUUUCAGGAGACCCGUGGUUACAUCCAGGCCCGGCUGCACCUGCAGCAUGAGAAUCGGCAGCAGGAGCGGCUGCUGCUGUCCGUGUUGCCCCAGCAUGUUGCCAUGGAGAUGAAAGAAGACAUCAACACAAAGAAAGAAGACAUGAUGUUUCACAGGAUCUACAUCCAGAAGCAUGACAAUGUCAGCAUCCUGUUUGCGGACAUUGAAGGCUUCACCAGCCUGGCAUCCCAGUGCACGGCGCAGGAGCUGGUCAUGACCCUGAACGAGCUCUUUGCUCGGUUUGACAAGCUGGCUGCGGAAAAUCACUGCCUGAGGAUCAAGAUCUUAGGGGACUGUUACUAUUGUGUGUCAGGGCUGCCAGAGGCCCGGGCAGACCAUGCCCACUGCUGCGUGGAGAUGGGGGUGGACAUGAUCGAGGCCAUCUCGCUGGUGCGCGAGGUGACAGGUGUGAACGUGAACAUGCGCGUGGGCAUCCACAGCGGGCGCGUGCACUGCGGCGUCCUUGGCCUGCGGAAAUGGCAGUUCGAUGUGUGGUCCAAUGACGUGACUCUGGCCAAUCACAUGGAGGCCGGGGGCCGGGCCGGCCGCAUCCACAUCACUCGGGCCACGCUGCAGUACCUGAACGGGGACUACGAGGUGGAGCCGGGCCGUGGCGGGGAGCGCAACGCCUACCUCAAGGAGCAGCACAUUGAGACGUUCCUCAUCCUGGGAGCCAGCCAGAAACGGAAAGAGGAGAAGGCCAUGCUGGCCAAGCUGCAGCGGGCGCGGGCCAACUCCAUGGAGGGGCUGAUGCCACGCUGGGUGCCCGACCGCACCUUCUCCCGGACCAAGGACUCGAAGGCUUUCCGGCAGAUGGGCAUUGAUGAUUCCAGCAAGGACAACCGGGGUGCCCAGGAUGCCCUGAACCCUGAGGAUGAGGUAGACGAGUUCCUGGGCCGUGCCAUCGAUGCCCGCAGCAUCGAUCAGCUGCGCAAGGACCACGUGCGCCGGUUCCUGCUCACCUUCCAGAGAGAGGAUCUUGAAAAGAAGUACUCGCGAAAGGUGGACCCCCGCUUCGGAGCCUACGUGGCCUGUGCCCUGUUGGUCUUCUGCUUCAUCUGCUUCAUCCAGCUCCUCGUCUUCCCACCCUCAGCCCUGAUGCUUGGGAUCUAUGCCAGUAUCUUCCUGCUGUUGCUGGUCACCGUGCUGACCUGCGCCGUGUACUCGUGUGGCUCUCUGUUCCCUCAGGCCCUGCGACGUCUGUCUCGCAGCAUCGUCCGCUCGCGGGCACAUAGCACUGCGGUUGGCAUCUUUUCCGUCCUGCUUGUGUUCAUCUCUGCCAUCGCCAACAUGUUCACCUGUAACCACACCCCCAUACGGACUUGCGCAGCCCAGAUGCUGAAUUUAACACCUGCUGACAUCACUGCCUGCCACCUGCAGCAGCUCAAUUACUCACUGGGCCUGGAUGCUCCCCUGUGUGAGGGCACCGCCCCCACUUGCAGCUUCCCUGAGUACUUCGUCGGGAGCAUGCUGCUGAGUCUCUUGGCCAGCUCUGUCUUCCUGCACAUCAGUAGCAUCGGGAAGUUGGCCAUGAUCUUUGUCCUGGGGCUCAUCUAUUUGGUGCUGCUUCUGCUGGGGCCCCCGGCCACCAUCUUUGACAACUACGACCUACUGCUUGGCGUCCAUGGCUUGGCUUCUUCCAACGAGACCUUCAGUGGGCUGGACUGCUCAGCCGCAGGGAGGGUGGCACUCAAAUAUAUGACCCCUGUGAUUCUGCUGGUGUUUGCACUGGCGCUGUAUCUGCAUGCCCAGCAGGUGGAAUCAACUGCCCGCCUGGACUUCCUCUGGAAACUGCAGGCCACAGGGGAGAAGGAGGAGAUGGAGGAGCUCCAGGCAUACAACCGGCGGCUGCUACAUAACAUUCUGCCCAAGGACGUGGCCGCCCACUUCCUUGCCCGGGAGCGCCGGAAUGAUGAGCUCUACUAUCAGUCAUGUGAGUGCGUGGCCGUCAUGUUUGCCUCCAUUGCCAACUUCUCUGAGUUCUACGUGGAGCUAGAGGCAAACAAUGAGGGUGUCGAGUGCCUGCGGCUGCUCAACGAGAUCAUCGCUGACUUCGAUGAGAUCAUCAGCGAGGAGCGGUUCCGGCAGCUGGAGAAGAUCAAGACGAUUGGUAGCACCUACAUGGCUGCCUCUGGGCUGAAUGCCAGCACCUAUGAUCAGGUGGGCCGCUCCCACAUCACUGCCCUUGCCGACUACGCCAUGCGGCUCAUGGAGCAGAUGAAGCACAUCAAUGAGCACUCCUUCAACAAUUUCCAGAUGAAGAUCGGGCUGAACAUGGGCCCAGUUGUGGCAGGCGUCAUUGGGGCUCGGAAGCCGCAGUAUGACAUCUGGGGGAACACAGUGAAUGUCUCUAGCCGCAUGGACAGCACGGGGGUCCCCGACCGAAUCCAGGUGACCACGGACCUGUACCAGGUUCUAGCGGCCAAGGGCUACCAGCUGGAGUGUCGAGGGGUGGUCAAGGUGAAGGGCAAGGGGGAGAUGACCACCUACUUCCUCAAUGGGGGCCCCAGCAGUUAG